UAAGAAAGAAUGGAGCAGAAAAAUGGAAGUUCUUUCACUGGCUUUAUCCUGCUGGGUUUCUCUGACCGGCCUCAGCUGGAGCGAGUCCUCUUUGUGGUUCUUCUGAUCUUCUAUCUGCUCACCCUGCUGGGAAACACGAGCAUCAUUGCGUUGUCCCGCCUGGACCCACACCUGCAGACUCCCAUGUACUUUUUCCUGUCCAACCUAAGCUUUCUGGACCUGUGUUACACGACCAGCACUGUUCCUCAGCUGCUGGUUCAUCUCAGGGGAGCAAACAAGUCUAUCUCCUUCGGUGGAUGUGUAGCUCAGCUGUUUGUCUCUCUAGGGUUGGGAUCCACAGAAUGCAUACUGUUAGGGGUGAUGGCAUUUGACCGCUAUGCAGCCGUCUGCAGGCCCCUGCACUACACAGUGAUCAUGCACCCCCGUCUGUGCACCCUGAUGGCUUCUGCAUCGUGGUUCCUUGGUUUUGCCAACUCCUCAUUGCACACGGUGCUCACCUUCCUUGUACCACUCUGUGGGAGAAAUAAAAUAGACCACUUCUUUUGUGAGGUUCCCCCACUGCUUAAGCUUGCCUGUGUUGACACCACUGUGAAUGAGUCUGAGCUCUUUGUCAGUGUGAUCAUUCUCCUCAUACCUGUGGCUUUAAUCACGUUCUCCUAUGGUCAGAUUGUCAAGGCAGUGUUAAGAAUAAAGUCAGCUUCAGGACAGAGGAAAGCUUUUGGGACAUGUGGGUCCCACUUCACAGUGGUCUCCCUGUUCUACGGCACAGGCAUCUACAUUUACCUCCAGCCUAGCAACAACUACUCCCGGGAUCAGGGCAAGUUCGUUUCUCUCUUCUACACCAUCGUCACCCCCAUGGUCAACCCCUUUAUAUAUACCCUGCGGAACAAGGAUGUGACUGGAGCAAUGAAGAAGGCGCUUUGUAGGGGCUAUGACUCCAGAUGA